GACUGAUCUGUUGGGUUGUUUCUCAUAAUUACGGCGACGACGUACGUUAUAAAGGUAAGCCGAGAACGAAACUUAGCCACAGGUAACAAACACCGCGCAAACAGGAAGUAUUUUUGAAGAAUAUAUGAAACACCGGUAAAAGAUGUACUCCGGACUAGUACUAAUACUAGCCCUCUUUCCUGUGUUGUACGGACAAGAUGUUUGCAGUAGGUGUCAAGGUGCAAACUUAUGUCUCGCUCCCGACGCGAACGACUGCCGAAUGUUUAAUAUAUGCCAGAAUAAAAGGCGGCAAAUAAUGCGCUGUUCGUUCGGAACAUUCUUCGAUGUUGAUAAUAACAUAUGUAACUACCCCUCACGCGUCCGGUGUCCUAGAGAUCCAUGCAAAGGAGUCCGUAGCCCGACGUCAUACGCUGAUGGCAAUGGGAACUGUCGCCACUACUGGAAGUGUAUUGACGGAUUGUCAACAGCGUUGUGUUGUAAAGAAGGAACUAGUUACAAUAGCGAUCGCAGUGAAUGUGUAGCAGACGCCAACUGUACUGAUAGCUGUACACUGUAUUCUCAAUCUGGUGGGCCAGCAGUUACCGGAAGGGUCCAGGUAGUGUGUGGGAACGAAAAAAGUACCUUACGUUGCUCUUCCGGUGACGUCAUUCGUAUACAUUCGGCUGUCUACGGUGGCGCUGAUCCUAUGACCUGUAUGAUCGAGCAGGAUACAUCAUCAUGUCCCAACAUUAAAGCCAUGCAUGUUCUCGGACCACUUUGUAACGACAAACAAUCUUGCGAGGUUCACAUUCCGAGUGUCCUGUCUGAUCACUGCCCUGAUAUUGCUAAACAGGUCGAGAUCCGUUACGUCUGUGAAGCAGGGUGUAAACUAAGGCCCGGGAAAGACGGAAGGUCGUUCUACAAUCUAGCUAGCAAGGGAACCACUAUGACCUGCGGAUUAGGCACGAGGUUUAAUGCGGCGUCUUGUGGUUGUAUCGGCACCGGAGAAGCUCCUCAAUGCCGUCUUGAAGUACAGGUACUUUUUGGAAAGACCGACGAAGGCCAGAUUAAAAACAUGGCCGACUCCGGUAUCCAUAUCGAAAGCCACAACGUGUUACAGGUGUCCGGCUAUGGUCGUUUUCUAGGAAGCUCACGGAUCCAGAUACCAUUUUACAACAACAAUGACCGCAUGUCCCGUAUGUUUGGUUUCCAGUUAAGGAUAUUCCCCCUACCAAGCGACUCAACCAAACAAGUACUCUUAUCUAAUUGUCAGUCUGACGCUAAAGUGCUUGAUUCUCCGUCCCUUGAAGUUUAUCUGGCACCUCUCGAAAAGAAAAUUUACUUCCGCGCGGUCAACAACCUUGAGGUGGAUAGCCAAAUAUCCGUACCGUACAUUGACGAAACAUGGAGUAACGUGCUCUUCUUAUUCAAUGGACGAUCGAUGUUUGCCAAGUUGCAGUACGUUGAACCAAACACAAAAAUUUUACGAGAAGCUACGGACAAUGCACCAUUCUCAGGUAAAAUCAAAAUUGGAUUAAGCCCGUUAAAGAUUGGAAGUUGCCGGGAUAAUGAUGGAGUAAAGGCCUACAUCGACGAGAUCCAGAUGUCUUUCUGUAAGACCCGAUUUCCUGAUGCUUCUGCAGCUUCCCCAUCAACUCAGAACUCACCACAGCUGACAACAGAUCCCCCUGGCCCCACGCUUCCGUAAAACAGACUCAUUAAUACCAUGUGUUUAAAUUCUACCUGUCUUUAUUUAUAUCGCAGUUAUUUGUAAAAUAUACUCAUGUUUCUGUGGAAUUUUCGUUUUCUUUUUCAUUUUUUUUAAUAUUAACCUUUAUUGUAUAAUAACAUAUUAGUUCAUGUAUCGAAACAACUAUUAAAUAAAUACAAAUCAAUAUCA